UAUGGGUGUGCGUGCCGGGAGGCAGCCCUUGGGGAUGUGACUAAAUCUGUCAAGGUUAGGUAACUUGAUAUCACAUUGUCGUUGUUGGCUUGGGCACCAGAGUCAGCGUCAUCGCCUUAAGCUUUGAUCCGGAGAUACCUUGCUCGAACGGCAGAUAAAUACUGAUUACCUACCCAGUGAUCCUCUUGAUUUCGAUUUCUUUAUUUAACUACUAACCAUAACUUCGCUGAGUGUGUAACCAGUACACCAUUCGCCCCAUCAACUAAAAAAUAAUACUAAAUCAAACAUCGAUAUAAAUAAAUCAAAAUGAUCUUGACGGACAUAUUUGCCAUGAUCCUCCGGCUGGCGGAGCUAGCGUUCGCCGCCAUCGUCGCCGGGAUCAACGGGCAAUAUCUCCACGCUGUGAGACAUACAGAUAGCUGGGACCACGGCCGCUUUAUCUAUACCGAAGUGGUAGCGGGUAUCGCCAUCUUCCUCGCCAUCAUCUGGCUCUUCCCCUUCUCGGGCAGCUUCGUCCACUGGCCCGUCGACAUCAUCAUCUCCAUCUGCUGGUUUGUCGUCUUCGGUCUACUAGUCAAUUACCUUGACGGCGCGUGCGGAUACGUCUUUUACUGGGGCGAUGUUUCUAUCCGCGGAGACCAGUGCGGCCGAUGGAAGGCCGUCAUCGCCUUCGCCUUCCUAUCCGCUAUCUGCUGGCUCGUGUCGGCCAUCGUCGGCAUCGUCUGGGUUCGUGACCACGAAGCCCGUUCCUACCGUCGCCGCUGGAACAGAUCGCGCGUCUAGAGAAAAAGCCAGAAAAUAAUCAAAUUUGACGGCUUGCCUCAUAUUUCAUGACAAACCGAUAUACGCGUUCCUUAACUAGCCUCUCGAUCUUUACUUUAUUUAUCACUUGCUCAACCCCUCCCCCCAAUACCCUAGGCGCCGAAUUUUUCUUUACCCCAAUACUUACGACGAUUUAUGAAUAGCAACA